AUGAGCCAAAUAUUGACAGCUCCGCAAGCGGAGGCGCUGCAUAAGGCCAUGCUCGCCUACCUUUCCGUGAUAAAUGCGCCCCAGACUGCCGAAACGCUACGCAAAGAGCUUCAAUUCGACGAUGGUUACAAUGAGGCCACAUGCAAGAAAUUCGAAGGAGUACUAGAGAAGAAAUGGACGGGAAUUGCCCGACUGCAAAGAAGAAUAAAUGAUUUAGAGGCCGAAGUCCGCAACCUCCAAGCCGAACUUGAAGCCUCACCGUCAGUGGCCCGUGCGAAGAAUCAAGACCCAACUAAUUGGCUUCCUAAACCCUCAUCAACGCAUACAUUGAACUCGCAUCGAGACGCGGUCACAUGUGUUGCUUUCCACCCGGUGUUCACAUCGCUCGCUUCCGGCUCCGAAGAUUGCACGAUAAAGAUAUGGGAUUGGGAACUAGGGGAAAUAGAGCGGACCCUAAAGGGGCAUACAAGAGGUGUCUCUGGUCUUGAUUACGGCGGGCAAAAAGGAAACACUAUGCUAGCAUCUUGUUCUAGCGACCUCACAAUCAAGCUAUGGGAUCCAAGCAAGGAUUACGCGAACAUUCGAACGCUAUCCGGUCAUGACCACUCGGUCUCAACUGUGCGCUUUUUGACCUCCAACGAGAACCACCUUAUCUCCGCCAGUCGAGACGGAACGUUGCGGAUGUGGGAUGUCUCAACAGGAUUCUGUGUGAAGGUGAUCAAAUCAGCGACAGAGUCAUGGAUCCGAGAUGUGUCGCCUUCAUUUGACGGCAAAUGGCUUGUAUCCGGUGGUAGAGAUCAAUCAGUCACGGUGUGGGAGGUUUCGUCAGCAGAACCAAAGGCCGCAUUACUAGGCCACGAAAACUUUAUCGAGUGCUGUGUAUUUGCGCCUCCAGCAAGUUACGGGCAUCUAGCUACCUUAGCUGGACUCAAAAAACCACCUCCUGCAACAAGCUCCUGUGAGUUUGUUGCCACAGGGGCCAGAGAUAAAACGAUCAAGCUUUGGGAGGCGCGAGGGAAACUGAUAAAGACCCUACACGGGCACGACAACUGGGUCCGGGGUUUGCUAUUUCAUCCCGGUGGGAAAUAUCUCUUCAGUGUUGCCGAUGAUAAAACAAUACGAUGCUGGGAUCUGUCCCAGGAAGGGAGGCUGGUUAAGACGAUCACCGGCGCCCACGAGCACUUUGUCAGCUGCAUCAGAUGGGCGCCCAGCCCUAACAGCGACAACCCUGAAGAGAGCGCGGGUAAGAAGGACGCCUCUAAGCCUUCAUUCCGGUGUGUCAUUGCAACAGGGUGCGCGGAUAACUCCGUACGGGUGUUCAGUUAA